AUGGCCCCCCAGGCGCCUUCUAAACCCGACCCCUCUGCUCCUCGAGCCCCCCAAGCCGAACCGCACGACCUAAACUGCCUCACCAUCUCUGAGCUCGAAUCCCUCGCCUAUGAGCGCAUGGACAAGCAGACGCGAGAUUACUAUAACGAAGGCGCCGACUGCGGGAGCACCCUCUCUGAGAACAUCUCGGCCUACGAGAAAUAUCGCAUCCGUCCGCGGGUAUUACGAGACAUAUCCCAGAUAGAUGCCACAGUCCCGGUAUUCGGACACACAAACAGCUCUGCCUUCGGCGUGGCGCCCACGGCAAUGCAACGACUGGCACAUUCCGACGGAGAGAUCGCCACAGCACGAGCCUGUCGCUCACGCGGAAUUGUCAUGGGCCUCUCUUCAUUCUCAACCAGCACUCUCGAGGACGUCGCCCAAGCCAGCGGGGCCAAUACCCACGUCCUUCAGCUUUACCUCUUCGAAGAGCGCGACCACUCCCUGAAGCUCAUAAACCGCGCCAAAAAGGCAGGGUACAGAGCCGUCCUCCUGACAGUUGACACACCCAUGCUCGGCCGCCGCAAUCUCGAGAUAAGAAAUCAGUUCAAACUGCCGGCCCACCUCUCCAUAGCGAAUUUUGCGGAACAAGAUGAGGACACAGAUACAGCAGCAGGGAGGGAGCACAGUCGAACCACGACAGCCACUGACGAGAAGAAAACUCCAGCCUCUCGCCGGCCGCAAAUGCCACGCCAACGGCGUCCCAGCACGGCUGGCUACCACGACGGCCACCGUCGCAUCCCCCCGGGCGGGCCCAUCACAUUCCACACACACGCGGCAAACCCGACCCUGUCAUGGGACGAGUCCAUCCCCUGGCUGAAAGAGGUCUGCGGCCCCGAGAUGGAAGUCUGGGUCAAAGGCAUCGCGACGGCCGAGGAUGCCGAGCUCGCGGUGCACCACGGCUGCGACGGGAUCAUCGUGUCCAACCACGGCGGCCGGCAAUUGAACGGCGCGCUCGCGACCCUCGACGCCCUCCCGGAAGUCGUGGCCGCGGUCAAGAAACGUGUGCCCGUCCACGUCGAUGGCGGCAUCCGGCACGGCACCGACAUCUUCAAGGCCCUUGCCCUGGGCGCUGACUUCUGCUGGGUUGGACGACCCAUCCUCUGGGGCUUGGCGUACAAAGGGCAGGAAGGCGUCGAGUUGUGUCUGAGACUGUUGAGUGACGAGUUCAGACUCUGUAUGGGCUUGGCGGGCGUGACCAAGGUCAAGGACAUUACAAGGGAGUACCUGUGCAGGGUCGACAGAGACGGGUUCGCGAGUCGCUUGUGA